UUCGUCAAAACCAGAAAAUGGAACAACAUGACAUUGAAAAGGACGAGUUCGAAUUCUCCAAAAACAACGAAGCCCUAAUUUUUGGUCCCGCUUCUCAAAUCUCGCGGUUUCGCUAUGUCGUCGACAUCGGCUGCUGCAGCUUCUUCUUCAUCCUCAACGGCGUCGUCUCAAUUCACCUACACUACCGGCACGUACUUUCCGACUCCGUUUCACCUACAACAGCCGCAAACCUAUGUGGCUGCUGCCGCUGCCGCUUCAAUUCUGCAAUUUCCUGCUCCUGCUCCUGCGGUUCCCCACGUUUAUCCUGCUCCCGCUACAGUCCCUACCGUGUACUCCCUCCCUCAGUAUCAACAGGCCCAGCAAUUAUUUCAGAGGGAUGCACAAACAAUAACACCUGAAGCGCUAGAGAGUGUGAAAGCUGCGCUUGCAAGUAGUGAGAUUGAGCACAAGGCCGAGACUAAGAAGAAAGCAGUACCUCGUAAGGCAGCAGGGCAGGCAUGGGAGGAUCCUACACUUGCAGAUUGGCCAGAGAAUGAUUCUCGUUUGUUCUGUGGUGAUCUUGGUAAUGAGUUGAAUGAUGAUGUUCUAUCCAAAGCAUUUUCAAGAUUUCCAUCUUUUAACAUGGCCAGGGCACCAGUUAGUGAUUGGGAGUACAAUGCUACGCUCCCCAAAACUGCUUCAAUGAUUGAUUUGGCUUCAAAAAUAAUGAUGACUUGUUUAGCACUGACUUAAGUGAGGACCAGCUGAGGCAGAGACUUGGACACAUGUCCCACACACCUUGUCAAGAUUGGCACUAACCUCUACUAAAGCAUAGCCGGACUGCUCCACCUAGAGAUGGCUGAAGGAAGUGGAAAUGAGGAGACAACUCUUGAGCAUACAUCAACAUGGGCAGUGGUAGUUGUUUGUUUCAUCUUGAUGAGCCCAAACAAUGUACUAUAUAUAUACUAUACCUCUCGCGGAUCGUUGCUAAUAUUGUACAAUUACGUUACCUGACUUUUAGCAUUUCUUUCAACUUGUUAGGGAUGAGAGUCUUUUUGUUUGUGCACAAGAAAGUCUUUCAAGUUAUUGUAAAUGAGAAUCUUUCGGUACUUUAUUGGGAUUUUAGUACUUGCUUUGAGCACUUGUUUGCGA